GCGGGGGAGGAACAAAGAUGGCGGCUUGUGCUGCAGGAGUUGUUGUUGCCAUGGCGUCCUGCAGGAGGGCAAGAGCAGAGGGGAGCCCUCGUGCGGUCAGCCACCUCUGUGAGGUGUGAGCCCUGGGCUGGCAGGGGCAAGAGGCUCUCUGCUAGUGAGAGGGCUUUCCUCUCCCUUCUCUCCACGAUGCCCCAAGCCUCCGAGCACCGCAUGAGCCGGGCCAGAGAGCAGGCGGUCAUCACCUCUCAGCCGAAGGCGACCGGCAGGCUCCCGAACGGACACCGGACCCUGAGCCAAGAGCACCGCGGCCCCGCAGCCAUCUCCAACGGACUCUCCGUGACGCCCAAGCUCCGGCCCCUGCCACCCAGGCCGACCCCGCUGGACGACCGGGGCAAGAAGGCCGAGCUGGACCGCGGCCGGGCCUCCAAGCGGGCGGACGCCUUGCGCAGCUCCGCCUCCCGGCGCGGGCCAGUGAAGGCAGACCACGCCCUCAAAGUGCCCGGCUGCCCGCAAGGCGGCUCCAUCCCCGGCAGCGCCUCCUUCACCUUGCCGCCGGGAGUCCUCCUCGGCGGGCCGGACUCCGAGCGCCGGAGGAGCAGCCUGAUCCGCUCCAAGUCCAUCAGCAUCGGCGACCUGAGCCAAGCGGGCGCCCGCGGGGAGGAGCAGCUGAGCGCCGUCCUGAACCGGCUGGCCCUCCGGGACCGGGACCGCAGCCCCUCGUGCAGCCACAAACUCGGCCUGGGCUCCCUGGCCCUGAAGAGGAGCUGCUCGCUCCGCAGAGUCAACGUGUCCGGCGGGCUGGACGGGAGGCCGACCGCCACGCUGCUCUCCGUCCGCACGGAAGGCUGCCCCAGGCUCCGCGCUUCGGACCCCCAGGCCGUGGAAUACGCGCACCCCCAAGACAUCCUGGUGUCGACGAGCCCGCCCCAGAUCAAGACCCCCAUUCCCAGCAGGCUGGAAGAGAAGGCGUCCACUACCCAUCACACUCUCCUGCUGGGAUCCGGGCACGUCGGUCUCCGCAAUCUUGGCAACACGUGCUUCAUGAACGCCGUGCUCCAGUGCCUGAGCAGCACCAAGCCCCUGCGGGAUUACUGUCUGCGUCGGGAAUUCCGGCAGGAGCAGCCCGGCGCCCUGCGGUCCCAGCAGGAGCUGACCGAAGCUUUUGCAGAUGUCAUCGCUGCCUUGUGGCACCCUGAUUCCACGGAGGCCACCAACCCCGGCCGCUUCAAAGCCGUCUUUCAGAAAUACGUGCCAUCCUUCACGGGAUACAGCCAGCAAGACGCUCAGGAGUUUUUGAAAUUCUUCAUGGACCGGUUGCACGUGGAGAUCAACAGGAAGGGACGCAAAACUCCCAGCAUCCUCUCCGACACCAAGCGGACCUCGGUGCUGGAGGAUGCCGACACCUUGAGUGACGAUGAACAAGCCAACCAGAUGUGGAAGCGCUACCUGGAGAGGGAAGACAGCAAGAUAGUAGAUCUCUUUGUUGGCCAGCUGAAGAGCUGCCUCAAGUGUCAAGCAUGCGGCUAUCGGUCCACCACCUUCGAAGUCUUCUGCGACCUCUCCCUGCCCAUCCCAAAGAAAGGCUUCACUGGUGGGAAGGUCUCCCUGCUCGACUGUUUCAGCCUCUUCACCAAGGAGGAGGAGUUAGAUUCGGAAAACGCACCGGUGUGCGACAGAUGCCGGCAGCGGACCCGAAGCACCAAGAAGCUGACCAUCCAGCGCUUUCCCCGCAUCCUUGUGCUACAUCUGAACCGCCUCUCCACCACCCGGUAUUCCAUCAAGAAAUGUUCUGUGUACGUGGACUUCCCCCUCCAGCAGCUGAACCUGAAGGAGUUUGCCAGUGAAAAAGCUGGCACCCCCGUGUACAACCUCUACGCCCUCUGCAAUCACUCCGGCAGCGUACACUACGGCCAUUACACAGCCUUCUGCAAGGACCAGUCUGGCUGGCGGGUUUACAACGAUUCCAGAGUGUCUCCCAUCAGCGAGAACCAGGUCCCGUCGAGCGAGGGUUACGUUCUUUUCUACGAGUUGGACGACGCGCACUGGAAGAAGCAGUGAAAGUAUGGAGCCCAGCACUUCGGCCUGCCCGCCCUCUUACCUCAGAGACUGGUGCUCGGGUCUGUUAUUUAAAAGGAAAAAAAGAGAAAAGCAACAAAAAAAACACAAACCUAACAACAAAAUGACACUGUGUGCGGCUUGUUUCUAAGACUGACCCGGUUUAUCCGCCCACUCCUACAUAUAUCCCCUCAUGUAUAAUUUCCCCCCCCUCCUGUCGUAUUUUUGAGGCAAAACCAGGGAGGAGAAGGGGGGCGCCUGGAUCAGGGUCGCGGGUCCACCAGGUGACGGUUAAAGCAUGGGGGUCCGGAGGGGUCUUUCAGGGGUCCGGAGAUCCCGACUGUUCAUCCCCUGUGCCCCCUCCCCGCCAACUAACGCCCCCUUCUCCCCCACUCAGUCGGAGACGGCACC